AUGGGUCAUUGUGACGUUGAUGCGGACAGUUUACUUAUCGUGCUUCGAAUUUCAGCCGUCUACUGUGGAUUGCUUAUCGUCAACAAUGACUUAUCAACCAAGGGAGUCAGUUCACUUCUGCGUUCCGUCUCUUAUCAGGUGUGUCCCCAUUUAGAUGUCUGCAUCCUUCUUCCACGUACUCUCCAAACUGUCGCAACUAAAAGUCGCGCCUUUGAUGUUAUCAUUACUGACGAUAUGACUGGUGAUGGAAACGAAAUUGUUGAAAUAGCCUCCGCCUUUGGUACCUGUUGCGAUGGAUGCAGUGUCAUUCGCUACAAAGUUGCUAUGGCUGAGGGAACCACUUCUGAAGGAUCAGGGAUUGCCACUUAUCCAUCAGUGUGCGUUGGUGGAACGUUUGACAUGCUCCAUCAUGGUCAUCGAGUGCUUUUGAGCAUUGCAGCCCUUCUAACUAGCCGCCGUCUAGUGGUUGGCGUCACAGACAUUGGCCUUCUUCGCAAGAAGUCUCUCGCACCCCUCAUUGAGUCCUGUGAGGCUAGAGAAGAUACCUUGUCAAAAUUCCUAACCAACAUUGGCUUUCCGGAGACGCAGCUAGAAGUAUGCCGUCUUGUUGAUCCGUACGGGCCACCCUCACGUCAAUCUGAUUUCCAAUGUAUUAUUGCCAGUCCUGAGACGGUUGCGACUUGUGAGAAGAUAAAUGAGAUGCGGCGUGACCUCAGUUUUGAUCCUCUUCACAUCGAAAAAGUCGAGUAUGUUGCCCGUAAUCGGUAUGUGGUGUAUCACUUCCUCCUUAGUUCACUUCUCUUUUUGAACGCUGUUUUUUGCCCUUUGAGUACACUUCAACUUACCUUUCAAAAGUGA